UGCUCCUUGUAGCAGUAGACUAGGUUGUGGAGAACGGGGAUGCAAGCUCUUGCGUGCUGUUUUUCCAGCUGCACUGAACGACUGAUUAAAUGACAUUUGACUAGAUUAUUAGACGAACCUCACUACAAAAUGGGCAACACUAAUGCCACAUCGGGUUCCGUUUCUGUCCACGCAGCUUCGUCCCAAAGCCGUAUAAACAAUUCCUUUAGCAGCACUCAGCCCGUCGUGUUCCACAAUGUUCAUGGGGAUAAUAUCCGCCUGGAACAAAAUUCGUCUGUUGCGCGUCGUGUCGAGAGCUUCUGCAAGGCAAUCGUCUUCAGCUCUCGACCGAUCCAGGUCAAUGAGAAGGUCAUGAUAAAGCUUACGGAAAUUUCAAGCAGCUGGAGUGGAGCUCUGAGGCUUGGUUUUACUUCUCAUGACCCUGUGAGCCUCCAGAACAACAUGCCGAAGUAUGCCUGCCCUGAUCUUACAAAUAGACCGGGAAAUUGGGCUAAGGCACUCGGCGAAAGGUAUGCUGUAGAAGGGGCAAUUCUGCACUAUUUCGUUAACAGUUCUGGUGAGGCCUUCUUUGGUAUUGACGGUGAAGAAAAGGGGAUGCUUUUGAGUGGUGUCGACACAUCUGUGCCAUUGUGGGCAUUGAUUGAUAUAUAUGGCAACACCACCACCAUAGAGAUGGUUGACCAGGUGCGCCUGCUAAAUAACCAUCAGGAUCAGGUGCGCAGUGUGGAGAGAAUGUUGCCAGAUCUCAGUCUGAGGCUGACCGACAUCACGCUGCGACCCGUUGAGGAGACUCCCUUGGCGUCGCCAACUUUUUCGAGAACGACUCACUUCUUCGGAGAUUGGAUUCCCAUGGACUUUCACCGUGUGAUGGGACCAAAUGCCAAAUUCCAAGAAAUGUCCAGGUGCAUUGCUGCAAGGACAACACUGAACGCAGGGAGGGCCUUAGUGUUUUCUGCACGUCGGUUGGAGACCAAUGAGAAGUGCUUGGUAGAAAUAACGGCCACCAACGAUGCACAUUCGGGUUCGUUGACCUUUGGGCUCACUACAUGUGAUCCAGCGACACUCCAGCAGUGGGCAUCCAGUUUUCCCGAGGAUCCAGAGUGCCUAAUGGAUCGUCCUGAAUAUUGGGUCGUCAAGAAGAACGUUGUGGCUUCUCCCAACAUGGGAGACGAAAUUUCUUUCGUUAUAAACGACGAAGGUAUGGUACUCUGCUCUGUGAACAAUAAGCACUACGACACCAUAAUGUACGUAGAUGCAACACAGAAGUUCUACAUGUUCUUUGAUAUUGCUGGCUGUGUGACGGAGUUGAAGCUUCUGGGCACUUCAAAGGAAGGGCCAGUGAAAACCAGCGUACAAGAGGAGCUACCGACAGCAGAGUGUGGACCUACACAACCAGACAGUGCUCAACAACAGGAAGAGGACACCGAUUGCAAAAUCUGCUUUGAAAAUCCUAUCGAGAGUGCUUUCUGCAACUGUGGCCAUUCGAUGACAUGCCACGACUGCGGCAUGAAGUUGUUCAAGAGCAGGGAUCCUCAGUGUCCCAUGUGCCGCCAGCCCAUUGUAAAUGUCAUCAAAAUCUUUAGAGCCUAGACGAGCCUGCACGUACUCAGGGCUGAAGACUUUCCACGGUUUGUUACUUCGUUGCACCAUGUACCUGUGAUUCCACAAUUGCAUUAAAAAAUUGUGUAAUGCUAUAGUAUUUUCCGAGUGCAGCACAUGUCAAAUACAUAUUUUAUUGUUUUAUUAUUUCACAAUUUUAAUAAAAUGCUCGUGCAUUUAAAUGUACGAGUGUCUCGUUGUUGGAAAGAAGUUGCAGUCCCGACUGAGCUUGCACCUGAAAGCAGCGUUGAACAUCGGCCCGCAGUUCGCAAGAACUAUGUUGACUCUGGAACGAAACGUAGCAUUUUUUUACUCCUGUUGUGAUUGACACAACUCACAAUUUUUCUGUUUCUUGAGUGGAUACCAGCGCUUUGUCGUCCCUUGAGCACAGCGACUGUGACAGAAAGAUGAGUUGCCAUGUGAGAAUUCAGUUACAUUAUUCUGUUGCAUACAAACAUUAUUUUCUGUUUUGUGCUAAGUGUUUCACAAUAGUGGUCCUGCAGUAUUUGCAUCUUGCAUUUCAUAAAGUAUAUGCAAUAGAAACUCGAAGGGAUGUGUAUUUCCAUAUGUUGUUUGUCUGGGGGAUUAUAUUCAUUGAUGUAAUUACAUAUUUUUUCCCCUUUUCGGAAAAUAAAUUUGCGGACAACGG